ACAAAACAAGUGGACUUGAAAAUGAAGGUUUUUCAUGUUCUCCCUUUGAUUUUGUUGUUGUUGUUAUGGGGUUGCGAAGUGCAAGGGAGAUUGGUCUCAAUCCCAACAAAACCUGACCGAAAGGAUGCAGCUGCAACUGCUCGUUGGUUGGUCUCUCAGAACUUCUGGGGUGUCUUAAGUACUAUCUCAAUUGAUUUGGAUGGAGCACCCUUUGCCAAAGUGGUAUCAUAUAGUGAUGGAGUACCAAACCAAGGCAGUGGCAUCCCAUACUUCUACUUAACAACUCUUGAUCCAACAGCAAGAAAUGCAUUCAAAGAUGAAAGAGCUUCCUUCACAGUCAGUGAGUACCCUCUCGGAACUUGCGGCAAGGUCGACCCGAUGAAUCCUACAUGUUCAAGAAUUACUCUUACAGGGAAGCUGAAAUUGGUUGAUGAAAAGUCAGAGGAAGCCGAAUUUGGCAGAAAUGCCUUGUUUUCCAAGCAUUCAGAAAUGAUUGACUGGCCAGAGGAUCACAACUUCAAAGUUUACAAACUGGAAAUUGAAAAUAUAUUUUUAAUUAAUUGGUUUGGUGGUCCAAAACCUCUAACAGUGGAAGAGUACUUCAAUCAUAAAAUGAACAAUCGUCUUCGUUCUCUCAUGGAUUGAUUAUCUGAAUGCUCUUCUAUUUGCAACUCCUACUACGGGGCUGUAAGUGCACAAACUGUGUUUUUCUUGUUAUUUACUUAUUAUAAGCAAUGUGUUUAUGUACUGUAUUUCAAUUAGUGUAUUUCUUUCCCAUUUGAAAAGCUUUUCUGGGCACCAUGCUGUUGCUGCUGGCUUGUUGUGGCUACUGUAAUAUGAAAAUAUUGCAAUCCUUGGCACACAUUUUAUUUAUCUAUUCUGCGUUUUUUUCUCUGUAAUGGCAAGCAAUGUAAUUUCUUACCUAUGUUUUCAAUUAUAUGUUCUCCAUAUUGAUACAA